CAUAUUCGCAUUAUAUUUCUCGAGAGCUGAAAAAAAUGUCUGAGAAAACAAAAAGUGACCAACACCCAUCUUUGCUUCAUGGAAAAUACGAGCUUGGUCGCAUGUUGGGCCAUGGAACCUUUGCUAAAGUCUACCAUGCACGGAAUCUUCAGACAGGGAAGAGCGUUGCCAUGAAAGUUGUCGGCAAAGAGAAAGUGAUUAAAGUUGGGAUGAUGGAGCAGAUUAAGAGGGAGAUUUCCGUUAUGAAGAUGGUGAAACACCCUAAUAUCGUCGAUUUGCAUGAAGUCAUGGCGAGUAAAUCCAAGAUUUACUUCGCCAUGGAACUCGUUCGUGGUGGCGAACUGUUCUCGAAAGUCGCCAUGGGUCGGCUCAGGGAAGACCUGGCCAGACUUUAUUUCCAGCAGUUGGUUUCCGUCAUCGAUUUCUGCCACAGCCGCGGGGUUUACCACCGCGAUUUGAAGCCGGAGAAUUUGCUGUUAGAUGAAGAUGGCAGCCUGAAGAUCACCGAUUUUGGACUCAGUGCUUUCUCUGAGCACUUGAAACAAGAUGGGUUAUUGCACACGACUUGUGGAACACCGGCUUAUGUGGCUCCCGAAGUGAUUGGGAAGAAAGGGUACGACGGAGCUAAGGCAGAUAUUUGGUCUUGUGGGGUAAUCCUUUAUGUUCUUCUUGCUGGGUUUUUACCAUUUCAAGACGAUAAUUUGGUGUCCAUGUAUAGGAAGAUUUACAGAGGAGAUUUCAAGUGCCCAGCUUGGCUUUCCUCUGAAGCUCGCAGAUUAAUCACUAAGCUUUUAGAUCCCAACCCAAAUACCCGAAUCACCAUCUCCAAGGUGAUGGACUCAUCUUGGUUCAAGAAAUCAAUACCCAGAACUAUCAGAACCAAUGAAGAGUUGGAAUUCGAUGCGUUCGCGACCGAGAAAUCAUCAAAGCCCGAAACUUUGAAUGCCUUCCACAUAAUUUCUUUAUCCGAGGGGUUUGAUUUGUCACCGUUGUUUGAAGAGAAAAGAGAGGAGAGAGAGGAGUUGAGAUUUGCCACCACAAAGCCGGCAAGCAGUGUGAUAUCGAGACUGGAGGAGGUGGCCAAGUCGAUGAAGUUCAGCGUCAAGAAGAGCGAGUCGAGUGUGAGGCUGCAGGCUCAGGAAUGUGGAAGGAAAGGGAAAUUAGCCAUUGCUGUUGACAUAUUCGCAUUGACACCGUCGUUUCUGGUGGUGGAAGUUAAAAAAGACCACGGUGACACCCUCGAGUACAACCAGUUUUGCAGUAAAGAGCUCCGACCGGCACUUAAGGACAUCGUCUGGACGUCACCCGCCGAUAACUCAACAGUCCCCUGAUUUUAUUGUUUAGAUGUAAAUCAGGAACAGAGGAUGUUCUGUUCUUGAUUAUUUUCUAUCAUGUAUUUCUGGAGUUGGUCGAUUGUGACUUGGUAACAGGGAAUAUUAUGUAUUUGCCGA